AUGUCAAAACCUCGCGAGGAGAUUGGCCCGCCGCUGUCGCCCGACUGUGGAAGUAGCUCACUCGCCUCCACAACAACACCUUUGACAAGACCUUCAACCACGUCCCCGCAAGCUCCCAUUGUCUCGGUCUCGGUCCGGGUCCGGGUCCCGGUCCCGGUCCGAGUUCGCGUCAGCGGCGGGCGCAAUGGACCACGGUCGCGCCAGGGCUGCUGGACUUGCCGCACGAAAAAGGUAAAGUGCGACGAGACGCGACCAAAAUGUCUGCGCUGCAUCCGGCUCCGCCUCUUGUGCGACUACGAGCCUCGUGAUGAUCAUAAUGAUAAUAAUAAGCGCACAUCUUUCAAAGAGCCCCAACAAGACGGAAGCGCGCCGGGGCAGUGCUGCCGGCGACGCGCCGUGACGAGCCAGCCGUGGCUCUUGCAAGUUGCGCCGUGGCGGCGUGCCGCGAGCGUGCCGACGAUGCACAUGCCCGUCUUUAGCACGGCAGCCAAUUCGCUAAAGCUGACAUCGCUGGACCACGAGGCGAUUCGCUACUACCGCACGACGUUUUCCCAGAGGCAUUCGACCAAGAAUACAGACUUUUCCUUUUAUUCCGUCAUUUUCACCCUGGCUGAACGAGACCCUCGUGUGAUGCGCGGCUUGCUGGCGCUGGGCACGCGCAACAUGUACCAGGGGAAAAUCGAAUCUCAUAAAGACCAAAAGGCAACGCGCGGAUGGUCAGGCCUGGGCCACUACUCGGCUGCGCUGCGCAUGAUGGCUGAUACCAUCAGUGCCGGUGAAGAUGGCUUGAUUGACUUGGAUGUCGCGCUUGCGGCCAUCUAUCUCAUGCUCAUGUAUGAGCAAAAGUUUGGCGACGCCAAGUAUUCAGGCUGGAUGAACCAUUUGAAAGGAGCUGCUCUGCUGAUACAAGAACGCUGCAGCGACUGGCCUGCGCAGUUAAAAGCCGAGCCUCGGAAAGCCUUCAAGGCAUCGUCGUCUUUGCCCGUGUCAGAUGAAACAACAGCCUCGUCGUCUACGACACAGACGCCGCCUUUGUCCGUGUUUGCCGCGCGCAUGCUGGUAUACUUUACAAUCAUGGACGGGUAUGGCUCGACCUUUGGCUUGGGAGGCCAGGUCAACAAGGUUAUGCACAGGAUUGCGCAGGCCCAUGACCCGGACAUGUCACCGACAGACGCCUUUACCAAGCUGCAUCGGUACUCGGACGGCAUAUACCGAGCGGUUUUCCGACGUAAUUAUCCAGCGAAUGAGAUGCUGGCGGAUGUGGCAAACCAGUCCAUUACCGACAUGUGGCAAGCUUGCUGCGUCUUGCGAUACCUCGUCGCCGACAUUUCCAACUAUAAAGGAGAUGCCGCUCGACGUCGCCUAGACGUGGUCCAAGAGUCGGCCGAUUACAUUGCCGAGAGCUAUCCAGAACUCGUCGCCCUGGCCACGGAGAUUUCUCCCGAUGCGCAUGUCCCCGAAAUGAUGGCCACCAACUUUCGGACCUUUAUACCGCUGUACUUUGCUUGCUUGCUAGAACUGCAUCUGCAGAGGUGCGAGUUGGAAGAACAACAACCUGCUGAUGUAAUGACGGCCGACGAAAAGAAGACGACGACGGCAACCUACAUUGCCGUGAUUAUGAAUCUGGCCCACCAAAUCUACAAGCACGCCGGCUUGGAGCUGCUGCAUCUAGUCACGUAUCCUUUAUUUCUUGUCGCGCUGCAGACAGACGCCCGCUCGACGCGGGAUUGGAUCCUGGCGCGGUUUCAGGACCUGUCUGCUUUUGGACCGAAUAUCGGCAGAGCGCAUGCAUUUUUGCAAAUGGCGCUGAAGAAGCAGCAAGAGACUGGGGAGAAAAUCAACGUGCGCAAGGAGAUGAAGGCUAGCAAACUGCCAGUGUUUGUGAUAUAG